GCUUCUCAAAAUAUGAAAACUAUUACCGCAUAAUUCGAAUCGAACCAGACGACGAACACGAACAGGCGAUCAAAAUCAAAAUUCCUUUCGCUCUCUCUAAAUUCUUCCUCUUACGGAGCUUCCUCCAAGUAUUCCUCCUUCUUCAAUUGGAUUCAGAACCGUAGCGGAGGAACAGUGCCAGACAGUCUUUAGAAGUUGGCAUAUUUUGGACCCAAGAAUGUCUAGUGGAUCUAUGAGAAGAGUCUCACGCCAAGAUAUUCAAUUGGUGCAAAAUCUUAUAGAACGAUGCCUUCAGCUGUACAUGAACCAAAAGGAAGUUGUGGAAACACUACUAAACCAAGCAAAAAUUGAACCGGGUUUUACAGAACUUGUUUGGCAAAAACUUGAAGAAGAGAAUCGUGAAUUCUUCAGGGAGUAUUAUCUGAGAUUAACGGUGAAGCAUCAGAUAGUUGAAUUCAACAGGUUGCUAGAGCAACAAGUUCGGAUGAUGCAAAUACAGGAAACUGGAGUUACUCCCCUGCCUAUCUCCAAUGGAUCGCUUGUCCAACAAAUGCACCAGAAUCCAACAUAUACGGUAUCUUCGUUGAAGCAAAAUAAUGUGCAGCAUCCUUUUGGCAACAGCAUGCCCAAUCCAUUUCCCAAUGGUGCUGUGUCUUUGCACUCGAGAAUGCAUACGACAGUUGACAUGUCUGCUCAUGCAAGUAGGAUUGAAGCACCAUCAUCCAUACUUCCAACCCAAAGCUCAAAUGUAGAGUUGAAUGGUAGGACAAUAAAAUCAGAAUCUGGAUAUUCAGGCAGUUCCUCUUACAUGUAUGGGGGUGCCGAUGGCAAUGUGGUGGAAGCACGCCAAACAAUAGGAGAUGUAUCGGUGGCACCUUUCUCUGGCAUGGAGUCCAAUGCACAACCCUUGAAUGAACCACUCCUCGAACCAGACACCUCCUCGUUUGGAUUUCUCGGUCAGAUUCCUAGGAACUUCAGCCUAUCGGAUCUAACAGCUGACUUUUCCCAGAGUUCAGAUAUACUGGAGAGUUAUGCUAGAUCUCCUUUUCUCGCUACAGAAACUGAGAACUUUAUGGAUAUUCGUGCAAGAGAACACCAAGGAGACAAUAAAAGGUCGUUGGAUACCAUAUCAGAAGGCUUGAGUUAUGAGGACUUUGGUAGUGACUCAUGAGAAAUGAGUACUCGGUUUAGUAAGUUUAAGGUCUUUAUUUUCUUUUGGAAGAAUAAUGUUUGGGAUUUUCAAACUGGGAAUGCAUCAGAUUUGAUUUAAAAAGAAAGCAGAAAGGAAAAAGCCUUUGUGGUUAAAACAUGAUUGAGAUUGAUUAUACUGACAUCAGUAUGUAGUGGAGUAAGAUUGGAUCAACUUUAGAAAUGUAUGUAACAGUCAUCGUUCAGUUUCUCAUAGAAUCAUUUUGGUCUCAAUUAAUUUUAUCUUUUUAUAGAAUUGUAGUUUGUUUGUCUCUUUUUUUUUUUGAGUCUAAAGUAAAUGUAACAAUUUUUAGAUGACAAUUGUAUCUAAGUUAUUAGACAUGUUCAUGUUGUCGUUUGUUUUCAAUUAGUUUACAAUUGGGAAUCAGGCAAAUAGUUUGGUUGGUGCCUUUUUUUUUUUU